AUGGUCCGCCCGGCGCGGCGGCGGCGGCCGGAGCGGGGGGAGGCGGCGGAGCCCCCCCCGAGCCCCAGCGCGCCCCCCAAGUCCCCCGGUACCGGGCCCGGGCUGGCGCGGCGGCUGCUGGGCUUCGAGCUGCGGGACCUGACGCGAUGGCACCGCUUCGUGCGGCUGCUGCACCGGCCGCAGGACCCCGCCGCGCUCGGCGCUUUCCGCGCAGCCUUCGGGCUGCUGAUGGCCCUGGACGUGCCGCAGGAGCGCGGGCUGGGCCACCUGGACCAGCGGUACCUGGACGGGCUGGAGGUGUGCCGCUUCCCCCUGCUGCCCUUCCUGGCGCCGCUGCCCCUGGACUGGAUGUACCUGCUCUACAGCGUCAUGUUCCUGGGAGCGCUGGGCAUCAUGCUGGGCUGCUGCUACCGGCUGAGCUGCGUGGCGUUCCUGUGCCCCUACUGGUACCUGCUGCUGCUGGACAAAACCUCCUGGAACAACCACUCCUACCUCUACGGGCUGCUGGGCUUCCAGCUGGCACUGCUGGGCGCCGACCGCUACGGCUCUGUGGACGGGCUCUUCCGGCCCCAGAAGCGGAACGCCCACGUGCCUCUGUGGAACUACACUCUGCUGCGUGCCCAGGUGUUCAUCGUGUACUUCAUCGCGGGGCUGAAGAAGCUGGACGCCGACUGGGUCGGGGGCUUCUCCAUGGGGACCCUCGCCCGGCACUGGCUCUUUGCACCCUUCAGGCUGGUGCUGUCGGAGGAGCUGACCAGCCGGCUGGUGGUGCACGGCGGGGGGCUGGUGCUCGACCUCUCCGCCGGCUUCCUGCUCUUCUUCGACGCCACGCGGCCCCUGGCCCUCAUCUUCGUCACCUACUUCCACUGCAUGAACUCCCAGCUCUUCAGCAUCGGCAUGUUCUCCUACACCAUGCUGGCCACCAACGGGCUCUUCUGCCGGCCCGAGUGGCCCCGGGGGCUCGUGGCCCGCUGCCCCCCCCGGCUGCAGGCCUGGCUGCCCAGCACAAAGCCCCCCCAGCCCAGCCCCGACUGCCUCUACGGGGGCCGGAGGGGCCGGGGGGGCCUUCGGCCUCGCCAGCACUUGGCCGCAGCCUUCACCAUCCUCUACGUGCUGGAGCAGCUCUUCCUGCCCUACUCCCACUUCAUCACCCAGGGCUACAACAACUGGACCAACGGGCUCUACGGCUACUCGUGGGACAUGAUGGUGCACUCCCGCUUCCACCAGCACGUCAAGAUCACCUACAGGGACGGGCUCACCGGGGAGGUGGGCUACCUCAAACCAGGGGCGUUCACGCAGAGCCGGCGCUGGCGGGACCACGCCGACAUGCUGAAGCAGUACUCGGCCUGCCUGAGCCGGCUGCUGCCGCGCUACAACGUCAGCCAGCCCCAGAUCUACUUCGACGUCUGGGUGUCCAUCAACGAGCGCUUCCAGCAGAGGCUUGUGGACCCCCGUGUGGACCUGGUGCGUGCCCCCUGGUCCCCGUGGACCCCCACGCCGUGGCUGCUGCCGCUGCUCGUGGAUCUGUCGCCGUGGCGCCAGCGGCUGCAGGAGCUGGAGGCGCAGCUGGACGGACACACGGACACCGUGUUCAUCGCAGACUUCCCGGGCCUGCACCUGGAGAACUUCGUGAGCGAGGACCUGGGGAACACGAGCCUGCGGGUGCUGCGGGGGCAGGUGCUGGUGGAGCUGGUGGAGCAGCAGCAGAACCACUCUCUGCAGGAGGGUCAGGGGAUGCAGCUGCCGGCGGGGCAGUACCACAAGGUGCACACGGUGUCCCCCGAGCCCUCGUGCUACAUGUACCUGUACGUGAACACCACGGCGCUGGAGCUGGAGCAGAACCUGACGCGGCUGCAGGAGCUGCGGGAGCGCGUGCGCAACGGCACCGAAGAGGCCCCGCUGCCCCCCGAGCUGCGGCCCCUGCUGGGGGAGCCCCUGCCCGCGGGGGCCCCUCUGGACCCGCUGGUGUCGCUGUUCCUGCGGCGGGAGCAGCGCCAGCAGCGCAAGGAGCGCCAAGCCAGCCUGGCCCAGCGCCUGCGCCGCUUCCUCCGCAGGAAGUUCUUCCUCUUCCGCCGCAGUGCCCUGAUGACGCUGAUCGCCCUGCGGAACCUGGCGCUGGGCCGCCCGGCCCCGGAGCGCCUGGCACAGGAGGUGGCCUUCGCCAGCUGGCGCGGGGAGGAGGAGGAGGCUCGGCCCGAGACCGACGGGGGGGCCCCAAGGGGCCCCGAGCUCUGAACACCCCAAAUAAAUGCAGUUUUGUAAGCCAGAAA